AUGAUUCUCCUCAGUUGGAACUCCCGUGGGCUUGGGAACCAACGAGGAGUUCGAGCUCUCUCUGAUCUAGUUAGGGAGGAAGGUCCCAAGGUCUUGUUUUUACAAGAGACCAGGUUACAAGUUAAGGCUAUGGAGAAACUGAAGUAUAAGCUUGGGUUUGAUAAUUGUUUGGCAGUAAGUAGUGAGGGGAGGAGUGGUGGUCUUGCCUUAUUGUGGAAGAAUGAUGUAAGUUUGGCCAUUAAGCAUUACUCUAAACAGCAUAUUCAUGCUAGCAUUCAGGAUUCUGCAACUGACUAUGCUCCUUGGUAUUUUACUGGGGUGUAUGGCCAGCCUGAAACUAGCAGGAGAUAUGAGACGUGGCAGUUACUUAGAUCCAUUCAAAUUUCUCGUGAUCAGGGCUGGCUUUUGAUGGGAGAUUUUAAUGAAGUGCUCAGUGGGAAUGAAAAGGUUGGUGGUAGAGCAAGAACUGAUAGACAGAUACAGGAGUUUCGAGAUUUGCUUGAUGAUUGUGGUUUAUUGGAUCUGGGAUAUAUUGGUAAUCCAUUUACAUGGUGCAACAGAAGGGAACCUCAACACAGCAUUAGUGAAAGACUUGAUCGAGGUCUUGCCAAUCUUGCAUGGAAGAAUUUAUAUCCUAUGGCAACUGUAAGUCAUGGAAGUGUGUCAUACUCUUAUCAUGUGCCAAUCACACUACAGCUACAAAAGGAUAGAGUUCAGAGGAGAGGACAAAAGUUAUUUCGCUUUGAGGCCAUGUGA